GGGACUCCAAGAUAAGAUAAAGCUUGGACGUCACGUCUUGCGUCGGUACAAUACCUAUACGCAUCACGACCGUCUGGACACUGAGCUGAUCUCAUUGCACUGGACUGGUGAGCCAUUGCCGCAGCACGUGAUUCUCGAUAUCCGUACCACUACUUGGUGAAAUAAAAGCCAUAUGGUGCCUGCUCAAUUCUGAAUCAUUGUUAUCAUCUGAUCUUCGUCCUGACCUCGAAAUUACGGGUUGAAACUGAGAUGAGGCAUCCACAACUACUACUCUCUCUCUCUCUCCUCCUCUCACAACAAGUCCUAUAAGCCUCUUCACUCGCUGCGAGUUCUCGUAACCUCUGAGCAUUUUGCUUCAAGUUCAGCAAACAUGGCCGCCAAGAUCUUCGUCUUCGGCAGCGUCAAUGGCCAGCUCCGGUCCGCUUUCGGCAAACUCUCUGCGUUGCAUGCGAAGAAUACCUUCAGCUUCGCGAUAGUUACCGGCAAUCUCUUCAGUGAGGCCCAAGAUGACGACCAGCUCACUGACCUACUCGAUGGUCGUAUCGAGAUUCCGUGUCCUACCUACUUCACAGUAGGGGCCAUCCCUUUACCAGCACGCGUUGUCGAGAGAAUCGAGAAAGACGAGGAAAUUGGGCCAAAUCUCCAUUAUCUCGGUAAGCGCAGCGUCACUAAAACCUCCGAGGGCGUGCGGAUCGUUGCCUUGGGAGGCGUGCUGGACAUGAACAUCGUGGCUGGCCUAUCUACAGACCAACAUGAGCCAAUUCACACGGAAGGGGACGCUAAGGCUCUCCGUGGAGCUAACAACGCAGAUGUCCUUCUUACCGCCAUGUGGCCAGCGGAUGUUUGGAGGAACAGCCGGAAAGCCAAGGACAUGCAGAUCGGCCCUGAAACGGCACCCUCCAGUCAGACGAUUGCAGAACUCUGCGAUGUUUUGAAACCGCGGUAUCACUUUUCAAUGUCACCGGAAAACUUCUGUUUCGAACGCGAACCGUUCUUUCCUGAAGCCGCCGACGAAGAGAAAGGCGUCGCCAUCACACGCUUCAUUUCACUGGCACCCUGGGCCAACACGGCGAAGGCAAAGUCCAUGUACGCCUUCACCCUCAACCGGGAGGCUGUCACUACCCCUCCCGCUGGAAGCACCCUGACACCCUUCCACAAAUCCGCACCUAAGAAACGCACCACGGAGCAGGCUGAAUUCAGCCGCUUCGGCCACGACGAUCAGGACCACCGCCGGCGCAAGCACCGACGCGAACGCUCUCCCCCGCCCGGCCCGGACCGUUGCUUCUUCUGCCUCUCCAACCCCAACCUGCCCACGCACAUGGUCUGCAGCAUCGCCGAGGAUUCAUACCUUGCUACUGCCAAGGGUCCUCUGCCCGCCGCCGACACGUUCAAGAAGCACGGGCUGGAUUUCCCGGGCCACCUCAUCAUCACCCCGCUCACCCACGCCGCCUCACUCAGCGCCGCGGCCAUGGGCGAGGAAGAGGUGAAGCGGACCUUCCCGGAGAUGAGGCGCUUCCGCGAAUCGCUGCAGGGCAUGGUGGUGAGCGUCUCGAAGCGCAAGCUGGGGGCUGUCACGUGGGAGAUCAAUCGCGCGCGGAAUAUCCAUGUGCACUGGCAGUUUAUGCCUGUGCCUGCCGAAAUGGUCAGCAAGGGCUUGGUGGAGGCUGGGUUCCGCGUCUUGGCGGAGGAUAUGCAGCUGGGCAAAUUCACGGCGAAGGAGUUUGAUACGGCUGAUGAGGUUCCGGGGGAUUACUUCCGGGUCUGGAUUUGGGCGGAGGAGGAUGAUGAUCUCGGUGGCGGCAGGGUUGUUGGCAAGUCGCUGCUGCUGCGAUUCGAUGAGGGGGUCCGGUUCGACCUGCAGUACCCUAGGAAGGUGAUGGCCAAGCUGCUUGGUCUGGAGGAGCGGACGAUCUGGCAAGACGUUGUCCAGUCGGAGGAGGAAGAGAGUGCGGAUGUGGCGGCAUUCAGGAAGGCGUUCAAGGAGUGGGACUUUACGCAGGUCUCAGGCUAGCCAAACGAUGCGUCGGGACUGGUCGAGGUUGUACGACGAGCAGUGAGUUGGUAGUCUGACCACAGAAGGCCAGAGGACGUUAAUAUGUCGCAAGCCAACACACGAUGAUCCGGCCACGACAAAGGUCCGUCUAACGAGUCAAAUAGACGAGCU